AUGCAGAAGAGAAAACAACCAGAAGGUGAGGCUGCAGGCGGCGGCGGACCAUUUAGCUAUCACGGUAGUGGUGGUGGUGGUCGCGGUGGCUACAACAAUGGCCAUAACAACUACCAAGGUCAUGGAAAUUGGGGAAAUACUCCCAAUUAUCCUACGCCUCAUCCCUACAAGCAGAACCAUCCUAUAAGACCGGGCUACAACCAGAUCCCUCAAAUGGGCCAAGGUUAUAACACAUACCAGUUUGAACCCAAUGUCCCAUGGCAAUCUGGUAACGAACCUUCAAACCCAUUCUCUCAGUCUCACCAGGCCUGGUAA